AUUUGUUUGUAUUGCCGCGCACUAAAUUCUGGCGAGGUUGUGUGUUUUACGUUACCCUUGUUUGUGUUUUUGAAGUCUGCACUUCAGUUGACAUAAUCAUCAACUUCAUUAUCUUGUUUGAUUAUAAAAUGGAUACGGAUUUAUAUGAUGAAUUCGGGAAUUACAUUGGGCCUGAUCUUUUAUCUGACGAAGAGGUGGAGGACGAUGUAAAUAGUGUUGACGAUGAAGGUACCGAGGAGGAAGAUAUGGCUCAGGAUGCUGUUAAUCACAUUGAAACAAAUGAUGUACAAGAAGAAAGUUUGGCUGUUAUUCUUCAUGAAGAUAAAAAGUAUUAUCCAAGUGCACUAGAAGUCUAUGGUCCCGAGGUUGAAACCUUAGUACAGGAAGAAGAUGCCCAGCCGUUAACACAACCAUUAAUAGAACCAGUUCGCCGCAAAAAGUUUGCUUACACUGAAGCAUCAAUUCCAACAACAACGUACGACCCUGAAUUCUUGGCUGAUCUUAUGGAUUGUCCGGAAUUGAUUCGCAACGUUGUUCUUUGUGGACAUUUGCAUCAUGGCAAAACUUCCUUCAUGGACUGUUUUAUAGAACUUACUCACCCUGAUAUUGAAGCGAAAGAAGACAAAAAUCUCAGGUACACUGAUUUCUUGCACAUGGAGGUAGAAAGAGGGCUGAGUAUAAAAUCUACUCCAGUCUCCUUGGUGCUGCGCAGCAUGCAAGAAAAGUCGUAUCUGUUUAACAUAUUUGAUACACCAGGUUGGUUGAGACAUUUCACACAUUAAUUUGUUUAUAUUUGCACCGCAUAAUGCAUCAGAGACGAAAUUCGUUAGUUCCGUGUUAUUGAUAGAAACACUGAGUUUGUGUGAAGCUGACUACUCGAUUCUUCUGUUCAACUAAACAUCGUUAACUGUUUUCGACUAACGAAUCCUGAAAACACGAAACAGAAUUCAAAAUGUAUUUGGUUUACGUAUAUCUUAUUUUUACUAAACAUGUCAUAUUUAUCUGGUGUUUGGUUUCUUCUAUUCAUGUGCCUAUGACUCCUGAUAUUUCCGACUACUUUAAUUUUAAACUAGCAAUAAACAUUCAAUCAGUUUGUGAGUUCCAGUAAAGGUGUUAUUUCCAAUGUUCUUCGUAAAUUUGAAGUUAGAUAACGUAGCUAUCUUUUCAGUACAUCUAAGUCUUCAGUCUCUCUUGAAUAACUCAUUUCGGUCAUUUACUAGGAAAAUGAUUUUUCCAAAUGUAUUGUUUCUCUGAUAUGUAUUGGGUUGUGUACUGUUUAUAUAGGCUAUAUGGUUACUGGAGCACUUCAGAAUGUUAACUUGAAGAUUCUUUGACAAAGCUCCUUGUACACUAUCCGCUCAUUGAUGGGUAAAUCAAUUAGUAGUUUUCAAAAUUGGUAUUUGGACUUGCGGCUUUGUUUACUUUGAAUGACGAAGGCAGAUAAAUAUACACGUUUAUAUUUAAAUGUUUAUCUUGUGUCACUUUGUUAGGGUUAGGAAUGGACCUACAACAAUUACAGAUCUCGAGACAGUGGUUGAGCCACUCUAAUACGAUCAGUUCUCUUCACAAUAGACGACCGCAGUUUACACAACACAUCAACACCUGACGUCUAACACAGGGAGAAAAUGAAUUUUAGGGGAUUCGGUAUUCGAGGUAGGACAAGCAGUACAAAACGAAUUGGUACAACCCUGCAUAUAUAGUAACAAAACACGACCUUUAAGCAUACAUAAAUUUAGCCAACUGAAACCAAUAACAACUAGCCCUAAAAGGCAAAGGUCAUGCGGAAAAUCUAAUUAAGAGAAAUGAACAAGCAAUUAUUGUUUGUGAAAGGAUCUCAGCAUUGUUGACAAAAUUUAAGUAUUUUUGUGAUCGCCUUAGUAGUUUACACUUAGGCCUGUUAUCCCUAUUGAAACGCAAUCCCUCAACGAGGAAUCUCCAACCAACUUUGUCUUGGACUCUCCUUUCCAGUUGUUUCCGGGUGCUAUUCAUACUCUUGAUAUCUACUUCCAGUUCUCCAUCUCCUUUACUUUUGUCCUGAGGACUCCAAGUUAAGGCUUACCCUGGGAUGCACUUUGAUUUCUUCAGUAUGUCUUAUCCAUCACUAGCAUCUUUUCCUCAACUGGGAGUCAGUUUAUUCUCUUUUAGAGCAGGUUAUUGCUUCUGGUCUGUGGUCGGUGGAUUUGUAGAAUCUUGCUUAGACAGUUGUUUAUGAAUACUUAUACUCUUGUAGUGAAUAAGAACACAAUUGGGGCAAUUGAAUGUAUUUGAACACAAAAGCACAGAACCUCCUAGUAAAAUCUGAGAACCAUACAGUAAAUGCUUGAUUAGCAAAAUGUCAAUCAAUCGUCUCAGACUUGAUUGUUCCUUUGUUUCCACAGCAAUCAUUCUCUGUUCUCGUUCUCUUCGAUCUUCUUAAACUUUCGCCUCCAGGCAUUUCACUUUCGAUUGAUGAUACAUACUACCUAUAUCUGGUGACAUCAGUGGCACACACCACACUCUCUUAGUGAUGGUGGUGGCAAUCACUCAAGUUCCAGCUCAGUAUAAUUCUGACUUUGGUCUUGAGUGACAGUUGUUUUGAGUUCCAGAUAUUCUUUAAUUAUAGAAAUGUUGCCCUUGCUUCGUCAAUUUGUUUGUCGGUACUUGCAUCAGAUCGUGUUUUUAUCAAUGAUGCUCCCCGAGUGCUUAAAGGUUUCCACCUCUUCCAGAGCUCCUCCAUCAAGUGAUUUGGUCGGUGCUCACUGUCGCGUUUUCGAGAUCUUGCUUUUUCCUUUAGGAAUACUGAAGCCGACUGCCAUGGAGGCCACUGCUAUACUGUUAGUAUUUGUUUUUUUACUGUGUAUAGAAAGAAAUAGGUCACAUGCAAAUUCCUAAUCGUCCAACUUCGUCCAAAAUGUUCAAUGUAUUUCUUACUUCUGAGAUAUGGAAUUCUUCAUAAUCCAGUCAACAACAGGGGUAAAGGUGGGAAUAUGUAAUUCUGUCUGACAUCAGCAUUUAUUUAAAAUUCAUCUUUGAGCUACCCCCUAUGCAUGACCUUGCAGUUCAGUCCUGCUUAGGAGUUUCGUAUAGUAGUGACAAUUUUUCCGAGUGCUCCAUAAUAUUGAGGAAGAUUCCACAACCUUUUCGACCCACACCGUCGAAUACUCUCUCAUAAUCAAGGAGAUUUAAGUAUAAUGGUGAGUUCCAUCUAAUUGAUUGUUCAUCAAUCAUCCACUGUAUCGCGAUUUUGUUGACACAUGAUCUAUCCUUAUGAAAGCCAGCUUGUUGAUGCAAGGUCAGAUGUGUACUGUAUCUUUCACCUACUUCAGCGACGCUGUGUUAAAAACUGCCUGGUCCUGACAGUAUCAUGGUUUCUCUGUAGCUCUCUUUUCAUCGGUAUCUUGGUGAGGUGUCCUUCUUUCCAGUUUUUUACUUGUUCUUUCCAAACCUUUCUGUAAGGAGCAUGCGUCUUUGCAGUUACUUCUGUAUUUAGCUUCAGCUGGUAUGGCACUUGAUCCCGUUGCUUUCCCACACUUGAUUUGUUUGGUAACCUUGCUGAUUUCUAUUCUUAGUGAGGUAUCAUGUGUAUGAAGGUCUACGUGUGCUGUUUCGAUUUCCAGUGAGCUUAGUGAGGCUGUCCCGCUGCUCUUAAGUUUUAGUAUUAGUUUGUCUUCCUUACUUGUGACUGGUCACUCUGCCUAACCAUAUUUACCAAAUGGAGGUCCUUCAACUCCCAGGGCUGAGUUUAAUUGAUUUUAAUUCUUUUCUCUGGUCGGCGUUUUUGUAAUGGGCUUUAGUUAAUAACCUCAACUUUAACCAUCCUUCACCCUGUUUUGGGAGCGUUAGUAAUCCUGGAUAGGCUCCAGGUGAAGUUAAACAUUCAUGCUUUUUUUAUUUUGAAGAAUUUAGAGAGUCGUGAAAAACAACAAGGCUAGAACCAUGAGGUUAGCAAUUUUGGUUUUUAAAACAACUUACAUUUAUGAAGAGAGAUGCCAAGUUGUGGCUGGCACUGCCUAUUUUCCGGGUUAGUGGUACUCUCUGACUCUCCGGACCAAUGUAGAUUGAGAAUUCAAUACUCUGCGAACAACAAUCUUCAGCUUCUAAAACAUGAUCAAGUAAACUUUCGUCCCAGGUAAUGUGAGUUGUAUUACAGGGUUGGAAGUCUUUGAAUUCAGAAAGACUAAAACGGGAUCUCUUGUGAGUAACUGGUCCCAGGUGAUCCUCCUUAGGCUUAGAUACUGUACAACGAAGGUAUUUUAACAUCAGAAGACAGAAAUCUAAGGUUCUUGGGGUUUUCUUCGGUUCAUAAACAAUAUACUCAUCUUAGAGAUUAUUCUUUUACCAAAUUUUCUCAGUAACUCAGUAUAUCUUCAUAAUCCAAAAAUCCCCGAAUGAAUAAUCACCAACUCGAUUAUUUGUAUCUUUCUGUAAUAUACUGUGAUUUAAUAUUCAUCUGUAUAACUACCAGUCCUUGGUUAUUCCUUGUGUGGUAUGUGUUAUUUAAAUGGACAGAUAUAAGUAGUAUCAGGAACUGGAAGUAGAAUUCUUACUGACAAAAAAAGGAAAAUAAAAAAAACGAAAAGGAAAAUGUAAAACGAUCAAAAUAACAACAGGGACGGAAGGACGAUGGAGUUUUUAAAGAACAAUUCAGUGAAGGUGGUGGUAUUUAGUGAAUUGUUUUCAUAUUUUACAAACAUUAAUUUUGUAUAAUAUAACUGUUUUCCCCCUCUUAAAUCUUCGUUCAUUACACUUGUAGGUAUCUCGUUUCAUUUCAAAGUCGGAUUAACCCUAUUUCUACCUUUUUGGGAUCACUGUAUUCAGUCAAACAGUGUUUUUUCCGCUCUAACCCAUUUGUUUUAAGUACUGUGAAUGUAUAUAAAAGCAUUGAUCCAGAAAAUAUACUUAAUGACCCAUUAAAAUUUUCUCCUGAUUUGAUCGAUCAGUUUUUCAAAAUGUGUUUGUAAUUUAGGUCACGUCAAUUUUUCCGAUGAAGUAACUGCUGCUUUUCGACUCGCUGAUGGAAUCUGUCUGUUGGUGGACGUCAGCGAAGGUGUACUUUUAAACACCGAACGUAUUCUUAAACAUGCUCUACAAGAACGACUACCGGUAACACUGUGCAUCAACAAAAUAGAUCGUCUCAUAAUUGAACUAAAAUUGCCACCAAUGGAUGCGUAUUACAAAAUCAAGCACAUAAUUGAUGAAGUAAAUUCAAUUCUUCUGACUUAUUCUGAAGGUGCAGGUAUUACGGAUGAUACACAACCUGUUGUCAGCCCAUUAUUGGGAAAUGUAUGCUUCGCAAGUACUUAUUACCGAUUCUGUUUUACUUUGGAAUCAUUUGCGAGAAUAUAUAUGGAUACAUUUUCUAACGGUAUGGAUCACAAAGAAUUCGCUGGACGUUUAUGGGGUGAUAUAUAUUUUAAUUCUAAAACAAGAAGAUUUCAAAAACGGCCACCUUCUGCGAAUUCACAACGAACAUUUGUAGAUUUUAUUCUGGAACCUUUAUAUAAGAUUUUUGCUCAAACUGUUGGCGAUGUUGAUACUUGCUUGCCGUCAUUAUGUUCAGAGUUGGGUAUCUAUUUAACGAAAUCCGAAAUGAAACUGAAUAUACGCCCACUUUUGCGUUUGAUAUUUAAACGAUUCUUUGGCGAUUUCUCUGGAUUUGUGAAUAUGUGUGCAGAACAUAUACCAAGUCCGGUUAACUCAGCCGCAACUAAAGUGGGAUCAACGUAUACUGGCACACUAGAUAACGAUCUCGGACGUGCCAUGAUAAAAUGCAACAUGAAUUACGAACAUGUAAUGGUUCAUACUACCAAACUUUAUCCUGAUCAAGAAGCUAUCUCUUUUCAUGUUUUUGGACGAGUUAUGUGUGGUACCUUAUUUGCUGGUCAAACCGUCCGUGUUUUAGGCGAAAACUACACACUUUCUGAUGAAGAAGAUUCACGACCAGCUACAGUUGGCCGUUUGUGGGUAUCUAUCGCGCGUUACCAGCUGGAGGUGAAUCGGGUACCAGCGGGUAAUUGGGUGUUGAUUGAGGGUGUCGAUCAUCCUAUUGUGAAAACAGCUACAUUAACAUCAGCGGAUGCCCGUGGAGCAUAUAUAUUCAGACCCUUAAAUUUCAAUACUUCUUCAGUUGUUAAGAUUGCCGUGGAACCUGCCAAUCCUUCUGAGUUACCUAAAUUGUUGGAUGGUCUCAGAAAAGUUAAUAAAAGUUAUCCUCUCCUCGCCACCAAGGUUGAAGAAUCAGGUGAACGUGUCAUUCGUGGUACUGGUGAAUUGUAUUUAGAUUGUGUUAUGCACGAUUUGCGCAAGCUGUACUCUGAUAUCGAUGUGAAAGUUGCUGAUCCUGUUGUAGCGUUUUGCGAGACAGUUGUGGAAACUUCCUCUUUGAAAUGCUUUGCUGAAACACCAAAUAAGAAGUGAGUUUGUUGUGUAAGCUUUUAUUAAAAUCUCUCAAGAACACAUGUCAAUGUAAUAUUAUUGAACAGCAUUUUCUUACAUUUUAAAUGAUACCCGUUUUUUCCCUGAUGGGGUUGCACAACGGUUAGUGUUCGUGAAAAAUCCUGUUUCUUAAUCUUUAGAUAAUUUCCGAACUCAUUUUUGUUUGCAUUUUGAGAAGACUUCAAGUUGAUAUUUCUGUUAUCACAUUUAUUUAGUUCUCUGAUAUGUAAUAAAAGUUUCACUGGUUAUAUUUGUUGACACUCAAUAAACUGUAAAUAUAUGACAGGGGGAAAUUAUGUUUUGUAUGAAUCUCAUUGAUUGAAUUCAACGUUUCCCUUGGCAAUCUCCUCCAAUCUUUUUCAAGGAAAUAUAAUCAAAAUGAUGGAAUAUACAUGUUCGUUGAUGCUUUACUUUAACUCGGCGCUCAACUACUUUGAGAUUAUUCUAUCCACUUUAAAAGGAAGUUCUUAAACUGCAAAUAUUUUGUGUAACCAUUUAGUUCUAUGAGAGCAUAAUCUAAAGAUUUUAGAUUCAGUUGUAUAGUGUUUUAGAUUAUGAAUAUUAGUUUAUGCAUAUAUGAGAGUAUAUACAAUAAGGGGCAUGAGAAGUGGUUUUUUAACUUAGUCGAGGAGAUAAUAGAAAUCUACAAUGUUUUCGUUAAUCUUCACGACCAGAUUCUCUGUAGAUAAUUAACUUAUUUUGAUUAGGAAACAAAACAUUUGUGAGUGGUCGUUUUUCCCAAAAGUAAUAAGUUUUUUGAAUGCUAAAAUAUAACUUUUCUUAAUAUUCCAUAUUUCUUAAGGAUUCUCCAGUGAACGUGGUGUUAAUACAUGAUUUUUAUUAAAUGAUGUGUUUUCCAGUUUUUUAUUCAAAAACUUCUCAAAUAAAUUCUCAUUUUGUUAAACUCUUUUUUCAAGUAGUUUCAUAAGUUUAAAACAUGAAGUUUAUUUUAAGCUGGCAUUUCAAACAACCUUUUAUGAAAGUGAUCUACAAGAAUUUCUUAAGGUAUAUGUUAUGCAUGUUAGCACUCGUAAUUGAAAGUAAAUUUUGCACUUCAAUAAACUGCAGUCAAGCAGUGAAAACCAGAGCAUUGCAUUACCAUCACAUAAAUAAGUCUUACACAUAAUUGGUUAUACAAAUUUGUGACCGAGAUGUAAUACAUCUGUCUGUGGAUUUCUAAGAACAUUCAUGGCUUAAAGACAUUAUUUAUUUCCCAACAUAUUAUUUGCACUAAUUCUCUAUUGAAAGUUUACUAUCGCUUUGUGUGAAAUACUUGGUAAAAGUGCCAAGUGAGUAUUUCGGUAGGACUAUAUCAAUACUUGGUUCAAUUUGAGAUUGUUUGGAUUAUCCCGUUGAUAUGUUUGACUGCAAUUUAAUCAUUCUUGGUUAGGAUAUGAGUAUCCUGUAUGGACAGGGCUAGCGACGGUAUUCAAGAUGUGUCUCAUCCUCUUUGGGACUCGUCAGUAAAGUGUACCUGCAUCCUAGGGUUGAUUUUUACACUGGGACUCAAAUCCAGUACCAUUCGCCUCAAAUGCCAUCGCGUUAUCCAUCUAGCUACUGAUUGUUGAUGAACAAUUCACUAAUGGCCAUAUCCCAUCUAUUCUAUAUAAUAAUACUGUUCAAAAAAUCAAAUAAUAACGAUUGUAUUAAAAUUCUGCGUUUAAAUUAUGACUUAAUUUUGUUUUUGAUUUAUCUGGGAUGCAUAAGACUUUGUUGCGCUAACUUUUUAAUCUAUUCUGUACAAAUCUUUACUUUAUAAUCAGAAAUAAGUUAACUAUGAUCGCUGAGCCACUCGAUAAGGGUUUAGCUGAGGACAUAGAGAAUAAGGUUGUGCAAAUCACUUGGCCAAAAAAGCGACUCGGAGACUUUUUCCAGAAAAAGUAUGACUGGGAUUUGCUUGCCUCCAGGUAAUUAGACUUGUUAAAUUUCGUUAUGUAUAGUAUGUUUAUUAAAUAUUAUUACCGCAGUUAUCAUUACGAAUUCAUAUUUCAUAUAUAAGUAUUAUUUGUUAUUAUGAUGAAUUUAAUUCAGAAUUUUGUCGAGUUAAAUAUUCAUUUUAGCGCAACACAUCAUGAGUCCUGGUUGUAUUUGUAGCGUGAUAUUUACUUUCCAUAUUUCUUUAACUCUUAUAAAUAAUCUCUUCUAGUGUAAACAUACGGUCCCCAAACCAACAGCGAUUAAGUUGUUCUACCUCUUAUUUUGAUUAACUGAAAACAUCCCUUAUCCCACUCUUGUAUUUAUCUGCUCAAAUUAACGUUACGUAACACAUACCGUAGUAACUCGUGUUAUCCAAAUUGUAAAUAGGGAACUUAGUCAUUUGUGUAUAUAUUAUUAUUACUGCGUCUUGUCCAACAGGUCUAUAUGGGCUUUUGGGCCAGACGCUACUGGUCCGAAUAUACUAAUGGAUGAUACAUUACCGUCUGAAGUUGAUAAGAAUUUACUACUUACUGUCAAAGAUUAUAUCGUGCAGGUGAGUUACAGCUCUAUAUUAUUUUGCUUCUAUAGUUAUGUAUUAUUUUGUUCAUAUUAAGUACUAAAAACGGAUAAUUAUUUAUUAUCUGUGAUAGAUAUUUAUGAGCGAUUUCUAUGAAUACAGGAUAUUCGUAUUUUAACAUAACAUUUUAUCAAUAUACAUGAACUAAUUAUGUUUUCAUUCCACAUUAUAUAGGGUUUCCAAUGGGGUACACGUGAAGGACCACUGUGUGACGAACCAAUUCGCAAUGUGAAAUUUAAAAUAUUAGAUGCUCUGAUUUCUGGCGAAGCACACCAACGGGGUUCUGGACAAAUAAUUCCUACAGCUCGCCGAGUUGCCUACUCUGCUUUCCUCAUGGCUACACCUCGCUUGAUGGAACCUUAUUACUUGGUUGAGGUACAGGCGCCUGCGGAUUGUGUUUCAGCGGUAUAUACAGUUCUUGCUCGUCGUCGUGGUCAUGUGACACAUGAUGCUCCUAUAUCUGGAUCUCCUUUGUAUGUUAUCCGUGCAUUUGUACCCGUCAUUGAUUCAUUUGGAUUCGAGACAGAUCUUCGAACUCAUUCUCAAGGACAGGCAUUUUGUAUGCUUGUUUUUAAUCACUGGCAAAUGGUUCCAGGAGAUCCUCUCGAUCGUUCAAUUCAAAUACAGCCUUUGGUCCCACAGCCUGCUACUCAUUUGGCUCGGGAGUUUAUGGUUAAAACUCGUAGAAGAAAGGGUUUGAAUGAAGAUGUAAGUAUCAACAAAUUCUUCGAUGAUCCUAUGUUGCUAGAACUAGCCAAACAAGACGUAAUGCUAAAUUAUGCACUAUAAAUUUGUACAUUUACUGUAUUUCAUAAGAAAAUAAAUAGUCGAACAUUAUAACCGACUACAUAUUACCGCAUGACUUCUAUUCAUUUGUUUUUUGAAUUUUUUAAAAUGGCGAAUGCACUUGCUCUGUUUCAAAAAUUUAUUACAUUUAGCUGUAACUUAAUUACUUGUUACUAAGUCGUACAUAAGUAAGUAUCAACGGCUGACUUUUUAAUCGCUUGUUAAAGAAAUCCGUAGUUUACCUGUCAGAGGUAAGUAACAAAUUCGCAAUGUAUCUAGCUCGACCAUGCAGAUGGAAUAUGAAAUUAUACAGUUUAAGGUUAAA